ACAUCACGUCUUUAUCUCGUUGGCCUAUACAGAUCGGAAACCCAUCAAUCAAUAAUCAGUGAGUUGGUUAUUCUCAAUUUGCAAUUUAUGUAACGUGCAAUAUGCUCUGUUUGAAGCUCCUUGCUCUGAAAUAUAUAUGAGCGACUUCCGAGAAAAUGUCGGUUUCUCUCAUCCAGCUUGGCUUCACACCUUUUAUAUUAGCAGGUUUUACUGCGUUCCUGUUUUCAUUCAUUCUUGUUCGAUCGGGAAGGACUAAGAAAUACAGGAAUCUACCACCCCGCGGCCCUCGAGAAUGGCCGGUCCUCGGGAGCCUGCCCAGUCUGGCAGGCAAAGACAUGCCACACGUUAUCCUCGCAAACAUGGCCAAGAAGUAUGGACCAAUCUUCAGUAUGCAGAUGGGAUCGUUCUAUGCGGUAGUGCUUAGUGACUAUUCUCUUAUUAGACAGGCGUUCACGAAAUCUAAUGAUGAAUUCAGUGACAGACCGAAGAUCACAAUGAUUGAAAAUGUUGUCCAAGGAAAAGGUUUGAUCGUGUCGUACUUUGGUCAGAUGCAGACUGAGCACCGUCGCUUCUCACUCUCAGCUCUACGAUCCCUUGGUAUGGGCAAGUUUAAAAUGGAAGAAACUAUCUCCGACGAGGCACGUCACCUAGCCCUGAGUUUUUCUUCGAGACAGGCAAAACCCUUUGUACCUUUCCAUGACAUUGUUGUAAGCGUUUCCAAUAUAAUCUGUUGGCUGAGUCUCGGUAAGCGCUUCGACUACGACGAUGAAUCUUUUCAACGAAUUCUUGCAGCUGUGUUCGAAAGUUUUGAGAUCGCCGAGUUGGCGGGACUCUUCAAUUUCAUCCCUUUCUUGAGGUUUUUACCCAGAAGUGGUUAUAAGCGAAUGCUGGCACUUAAAGGCACCCACGAUAACUUUAUGAAACCAAUGGUACUGAAAGUGAGUGAGGAGCAGAAGAAGAGUAGGAGAUCUCCAACGUGUUUUGUUGAGAUGUACACUGAGCAGAUGAUGGAGGCAGAGCGUGAGUCUCCUGGUAAACACACAUUCACUGAAGACAACAUGUAUCGUGCAGUUGCUGAUCUUUUUGCUGCCGGUACAGAGACAACCGCCACAACCUUAAAGUGGGCCUUGAUGUACAUGGUAUUACACCGAGACGUUCAGGAAAAGAUCCACAAGGAACUUGAUGAUGUUGUCGGACGAAAUCGGUUACCACGUCUCACAGAUAGACCAAACUUGCCGUACACGGAGGCUACUUUGCUCGAGAUACAAAGAUUUGCUUCCAUCACGCCUCUAGGAGUUCCUCAUGCGCCUGUCAAAGACGUUGUCCUUAAUGGCUAUGACAUCCCCAAAGGAACUGUCAUCCUACCUAACCUAUGGGCCAUUCAUCAUGACCCAGACCUAUGGAAGAAUCCUGAUGAGUUCAAUCCAGACAGGUUUCUUGACCCAGAAACCAAGCAGGUUGUACAGAGGGAGGAACUCAUUCCAUUCUCUAUCGGUCGUCGUAGAUGUAUGGGUGAACAAUUAGCCAAGGUGGAACUAUUCAUCUUCUUUACUCAUCUCUUGCAUCGCUUUAAAUUCGAAACACCAGAGGGCGCCCCUCCUCUAACAAUGAAAGCGAGGAAUGGAGCUACGCUGAAUCCAGAAGAGUUCGAAAUCUGCGCUUCUCUGAUUGAUGAUAUCAUGUAGAUUGAUUCUAACCAUUAACGAUGGAAGGUGAAAAGUACCACCCAUAUGUUCCGUUAAUAAUCUCAUCAUCAUCUUUUCUAUAGGAUGUAGACCAGACGAGAUGAUUAUCUAAACAUAUAUGGGUGACUGGCACUUUUAAGCCUUAAUUUUUAGUCAUUAUGAAAAACAUUAAAUUAUAGUUGCAAUCGUGAUUACGAUUUUUGACAAUAUAUUGAUAUUGAAAGGCGAUUAGGAUACAUCCGUUUUCCGUAAGGUGAUAAGCGAAGCACUGAAGAAGGUAGUAAUUAUUAAAACAGCGGAGACAUUUACAGUUAAAGGGGAAGUUCGCCCUGACGAUAAGUUUAAGCAGAAAAAAUAUACAUAAGUAAAGGUUUUAUCAAAAUCCGUCAGAAAUAACGGAGUUAGGAAUUUUUCAAUUUAAUUUUGUGACUUCACCAACGAGCAGCUCCUCAAAUUGUCGUUUGAUAUCUUUUUAUAUAAUUUUUCUUUUUAUUGUUUACUCUUUGCUUCUCAUUUGUUUUAAAGUGCCCCUGCUAUUUCUGUCAAUACUUGAUUCGCCCCUGCAACAUCCCCCCCCCUUUUAAAUCCUUUUUUUUUACUUUGAAUAUUAAGAGAUUGUUUUUACAAAUUUUCUUUGAAUGUCUCUAAUAAAGCGUUCAUAAUCUUGCGUGAGCUUAA